UCUGACAGCUGUGGCGUGUUGUGUUGUGUGGCAGUGGCCAACAGUGUAAGCAAAAAAAACAACAGAACUACCCGAUCGAGAUCGCAACAGGCGCGGGCGAAAGAACGACUGUACGAAGUGGAGCUGUUGUUUAAUAAUUGAACCGUGAUUUUUGCUUGAUCCACCAAGCAUCACACAGCCCAAACGCCAAAGGAUGUCGAGCAGCGCCGACAAGCAACAGUUCUGGGGAAAUCCGGGCAGCCAGCCGCAGGACAUGUACGACGGCUUCAGCGACAAAGCGCAGGUGCUCGACUUUCAAACGUUCAACCCGAACGACACCGUGUACUGGAACGAUCCGUCCCAGCCGGUGGACGGGGCGUACAGCAAUCAACCGGCCGCGCCGGACGGCCUGUCCCGCUCGGACCCGUACGGGAUGAUGCAGCAGCAGCCCCACUACGGCCAGGGCCCGGCCAUCUUCACACCGGCGUACGGGGACGACGGCGUCGGUGUCGGUGGACCGGCCGGCCCGGGGAUGGGCCUCGAGGCGACCGAGUUCGACGAGCCGCCGCUGCUGGACGAGCUGGAAAUCUAUCCGCGGCGCAUCAUGGAGAAGGCGGCCGCGGUGCUGAACCCGUUCCAGGGCGCCGGCCUGCUCGUGGACAGCCCGGAGUACCUGUUCAAGGAGACGGACCUGGCCGGACCGAUCGCGUUCUGUCUGACGCUGGCCGCGUGCCUCUCAAUCUCCGACAGCAAAGCACAGUUCGGCUACAUCUACGGGCUGUCCACCAUCUCCGUGCUCGCGAUGUACUGCCUCAUCUGGCUGAUGUGCCACGCGGUCGAAUCGCACGUGACCGUGUCCGGGGUGGCGAGCGUGCUCGGCUACAGCAUGCUGCCGGUGGUGUUUCUCGCUAUAAUCGGGAUGUUUACAUCGCUGAACAACUUCUACGGCAUGCUGCUGGCCGGGUCGUCCAUCCUGCUAGCGACGCUCUACUCGAGUCGAAUGUUCUGCCUGAUGACGGGCGAUCCACACCAGCGAUACUUGCUAGCGUACCCGUCUACGCUGCUGUUCACGAUCUUCUCGAUGUUAGUUUUAUUUUAAACCCAAACCGUUACGAUCCCCCCCCCCCCCCCCUAAAGCUUGUGCCCAUCUAGAUUUUGAUACAUUAAUUUCUACGUAAGUACACACACACACACACACACACACCGGCAUUACAUACCAAAACAGAGCCAGCAUUUUUGUUGUGAAAUAUCCCCAAUGAAUUCCCCCUUCCUCGUUUCUUUUAGUUAUCAAUAAAUAAUACUAAUAAUAAUCGCUACAAGUGAACACCGGAGUCUGGCGAGUGUAAUUUAGCUUACAUCUGUGGGAGGCACGUUACAUUUUCCUAUCACACACACACACGGGUCACUUUGAAAGUUGGCCAAUACACCGUGAUCAAUAAGUUCGGAUACAAAUUGAAAUAUCUGAAAAGUAACAAAAUCGCAGUACAUUUGAUUGAUUGAUUGAUGUAUGUUUUUGGAAGUUCUAUUCCUGUAGAUUAUUUACAGCAAGUUUUUUCAAAUCAAUCCCUCCCUUUACUUUUACCAGCUACCGUAAUCGUUUUUUAAACAUUCACGGGCAGCACGGACUCAUUCCAUGGGUAUAUCCUUCCAUUUUUUCUGUUUUAUUAGCUUUAAUAGCUUCAACAGAUUCAAAUUAGGAGAGCUAGGAGACGAAUCUGUUUUCGUCCGAAUUUGAAUAAAUUCUCUUUACACCAUGUGUUAACAUU